AGGUACUCAUGCUUACUAAUGAAUAGUGAUGAAUCCGUCUUGACAUUAAGAAAGAAUAUGGUUCUAUCAACUCUCAAACAUACCAGUGAAUUUCGUGAUAAAAUCGAGAAAUAGAGGUAUCGGUAAAACUUUGAUCUUCUUCCUAAACUAUUCACCAAUUGUUCAUAACACUUGUGUUAUCAAACCAACCUCAAUCCCGGAAUUUGAGUUUUACGCUAUCUAGUGGAAUUGGUAAUAAAUGGAACAUGAGACAUGAAUGGAAGAUGAGAAAAAAGAGGUAAAAAUGCACUGUGGAUAUGACGGUGGUAAAUUGGUGGAUGGGGGUGAGUUGUUGUCGGGCAUAGGAUUCCUUUUUACCUGAUUUUGCUGGUUCAUCGGAAAGCUGCAACGGCUCUUGUUCUACUCUGUCUCUCUGCAGCUGCUCCUCGUCUCGUUCCUACUCAACGGUCUCUGUCCAGUCGUCGGGAUUCUCCAUUUGAAAGAGAGGAGUAUCUAAAAUUUAAUUAGCGUAGGAAAAGAGUGUCAACAUGCAGCGAAGGGUAUGGCUGGUGAAAUUAUAGAAAAAUAGGGAGAGCAAUUUUAAAAAAUUACCUCGGUUUAGCUAACAAUUGCACGAAACUCUCUCAAACCAAACAUUGCACUGAUUUGGAUAUCACCAAUUUCGGUUGGUUUGAAACUAAACUGAAACCAAUUAGAUUAAAUUUCGAAAUAUUUAGUUGAAAUUAUUUAAACCGAAAUCAGAUAAGGUACUAUCUCUUUAAAAAAAAAACUGAGGACAAAUACACAACCUAAUUGACAAACUUAUUGUCACUAAUAUCUUAUCUAAUUUGAAUGACGAAAGAUUUCCUACCUAGUAUCGUGUCCCCAUAUUUUCAGUCAAUUUAUUAAAUUUUAAAAAUAUGAGACUAAGCCUUCUUUUAUCUCAAGGUAUCAGCACCUUUCUAGAGCACGACCUUGUCAUCAACAACGGUAAUUAAAAAUGAUGGAGAGCGAGAUAAUUGACCUAGAAAGUACAAUUAUUUUAGUAAACCAAAUGUUAAACCAUUUGAUUAAUAAAUAAAAAAAUCCUAUGAUAAUUCGAGCCGUUGAACGACGGGCUUUGUGGGCCGUGGGCCACGUGAAAAUAAGAAAUCAUGGGCCCGAUCUACCUAACAGUCUUUUUCAAAAGGAAUAAAAUAUUAUUAAACGUUUAUUACACUGUGUCUUUCUCUUCACUUUCAUCUAGUUCCUCUUCCUCUACCGACCGAACGCCAGAGAAAAGAAAACACAGAGCAUAGCUUUACGACAAAAAAGCACUGCAAAAAGUUAAGAAACAAAAACAAAAAGUCAAAAAUACUUUUCUUUUCUGGCUCAGCUUUCUUCCCUCUCUCACUUACUCUUUUCAGCUCACUCUGCUCGUUCUCAUCUCUCCACAGGAAACUCUUUCGGCUCUCUUCACCGAAUAUCAAAACCUCAACAAAUGGCCGACGAACCUCCGCCAUCCGCCGCUCCUCCUCCGCCACCCCCUCAAUCCGCCGUAGAAGAGCUCCCGGUAGCACCGCCACCGCCGCCGGAGCAAGCCCCAGCUGCUGCGGUUUCCGCGGAGGAUUCAUCCGCCGCACCGUCGCCAGAGGAGGAGAAGAGAGCAGAAGUAGAAGCGGCGCCGGUGAAAGCCGAAGUGGUCGCGAAAUCGGUGGUAAUCAAAGAGGAGUUCACCGGCAUGCCGGAGAAGAAGGAGAAAUUGAAGGUUCCGGAGUCUCUGAUCUCGUUCAAGGAAGAGAGCAAUCGAGUCUCUGAUCUGUCCGAUUCGGAGAGGAAGGCGCUCGAUGAGUUCAAGCAGCUGGUCCAGGAAGCUCUGGACUCUCACUCCUUCACCUCUCCUCCUCCUCCGCCGCCGCCAAAGGAGGAGAUUCGGACUUCCUCUUCCGCCGCUACCACCGCUGCAGCUACGGAAGCUCAGAAAUCUGAAGAUCAAAGCUCCGAUGUCAGCACAGAGAUUACUCCACCGGCCGCUGAAAAGCUAGAAGAAGAAGCUACUCCAGCAAAGGAAGAAGAGCCUGCGGCAGCUGCUGCUUCCUCUUCCUCGUCGGCUGAGGUGUCCAUUUGGGGGAUUCCGCUGCUGGAAGACGACAGAAGCGACGUCGUUCUGCUGAAGUUCUUGAGAGCUAGGGAUUUCAAAGUGAAGGAAGCGUUCACGAUGCUGAAGAACACGAUCCAGUGGAGGAAGGAAUUCAAAAUCGACGAGCUCGUGGAGGAAGAUCUCGGCGACGAUCUGGAAAAAGUCGUCUUUAUGCACGGCCACGACCGAGACUGCCACCCGGUGUGCUACAACGUGUUUGGCGAGUUCCAGAACAAGGAAUUGUAUCAGAAGACGUUCUCCGACGAGGAGAAGCGGACUAAGUUCUUGCGGUGGCGGAUUCAGUUCCUGGAGAAGAGCAUUCGGAAUCUGGAUUUCAGGCCCGGCGGUGUUGCCACGAUCUUUCAGGUGAAUGAUCUGAAGAAUUCGCCUGGGCCGGCGAAAAGGGAACUCCGAUUGGCUACUAAGCAGGCGGUGCAGCUGUUGCAGGACAAUUACCCUGAGUUUGUAGCCAAGCAGGUGUUCAUCAAUGUACCUUGGUGGUAUCUUGCAUUCUAUACAAUGAUGAGCCCCUUCAUGACCCAGAGGACUAAGAGCAAGUUUGUGUUUGCCAGCACCGCGAAAUCUGCAGAAACACUUUUCAAAUACAUAUCUCCCGAGCAAGUCCCAAUCCAGUACGGUGGAUUGAGCGUGGAUGACUGCGAUUGCGACCCGGAAUUCACUUUUGCUGAUCCGGUCACCGACAUGAUCUUGAAGCCGGGGACCAAGCAGACGGUGGAGAUCCUAAUUUAUGAGAAAUGCAUGUUCAUCUGGGAGAUACGAGUGGUCGGGUGGGAAGUGAGCUACAGCGCCGAAUUCGUCCCCGAGACAAAAGAUGCAUACACAAUCAUAAUCCAGAAACCGACGAAGAUGACACCAACUAGCGAGCCGGUGCUGUCGAACCAGUUCAAAGUGAGCGAACUGGGGAAGAUGCUGCUUACGAUCGACAACCCAACGGCGAAGAAGAAGAGGCUUCUGUACAGGUUCAAGAUCAUUCCCUUGUCUGUCUAGCUUUCCAGACCAUCAGUGACUGUGUUGUAUUUGUACUUAAUUUAUAUGGGUGUUCCAAAAUUUUGGAUGUCGGGAAGUGUCCUGGGUUUUGUUUUUGGCCUCUGUGGUUGUUGUUGCUUUGUUUUGGCAUGUUGUAAAUUUGCUAUGAGAAGUGGAUUGUCUGAAACUCUAUUUAUUUUGCCUAAUGAUAAACUGUUUUUCAAUAAUGAAUAACCAUUCUGCUUACGAAAAGGGAAGAAUGAGAAUUGUUGGCGUGAGCAUUUUGAAUUUCAAUCUUGAAAUUCAAUGGAGGACAAAUUAACAACUAGUACAAAUAAUAACGACAGUAAGCUAGCAAUUUUCUCAAUAAAUCUAAGACAAACUAUACUAACCACGGAAGAGGAAGUUCCUUUGAAAAUUUUAUUGAAAAAAACAAUUAUUCCUACCUGAAAAUUAUAAAAAAAAAAAGCAUCCAGACGUUAACAACGACACCGUUUUAGAUAGAGGUUAGCAAGGCCAGUCAUUCCGGCAACACAAUUUACCGACGAAAGGAUUGCAGCACCAACUGCACCAUGGAUACCUACUCCCUUCUACUUGAUAAUCCCCCGUCACAGUUGGCCGUUGUGGCAUUACUGUUGCUGGUGUUGCCGUCGUCUCAACAAACACAUCUCUCGUUGCAGUACAGGAACGUUGUUGAACCGAUACAGAAAGAAGCAGUAUCGCUAAGAAGAUUGUUGGAAUAAGUUGCUUCUGAUUUUCCCACUUGAAAGCCACCAUGAUUUUUUCUCACAGAAAGAAGCUAUUUGUAUUGUAAAAUAAUUAGCCUCUGUGUUGUUAAUAUACGAAGAUGAGAAAUUAACUUUCUUAUAUAGUGCUCUGUAUAGUGGUAUUCUGUAAUAACAAACUUCGGUUUUUACUCUAUCAGUAUUACCUUCUGUUUUAACAAAACCCUAAGUUCUAUCCCUCGUCUUCAGCUGUACCAAACUUCCUUAUUCAUCGUUAACUCUUCUUUUGUGCAAAUAAUAAUUAAUUCAUAUAGAGAGAUCAAAGUAUAUGAUUCAUUUUAAUUUUUAACAGUAUAUUACUAGCUAAUAUAAACACAAAUUAGUUAUUAAUAAUUUACCAUAUGGAAAUAAUUUGUUAAUUAUAUCCUCUUAGCUAUGUGAUACAAUAAUCAUACGCAUAUACA